UCCAUUCUGAAGGCAUUGUACAUCACAAUAUUGGUUGCACAAACCCAGGUAGCAACAGUCAUGUUGGUUAAAGAAAAUAGAGAAAUUGUUGAGUUUUACCUUCCCUAUAUCAUAUUUACAGUGAUGUUCUCAUGACCAGAGAUGUCUCAAAGCUGUAAGUUAAGCAUUUUCCGGGAAGGAGCAUUUUUGCACAGUUCUUUGUUUCGACAUAAGGGUUGGUGUUAUUGCACAGGAAGUCUUUGGUCACGGUUGCAGAAAUAGGAAAAAGUUUCAGCAGAAGAAUUAAACAUGACAUGCUAUAGUUCUAGCCAGCACUUGACAUCAUACAGCUUAUUGGGAGGAGGUAAAGGAUUUCCUGAACAUUUCAUAUGAAGUUUAGUCGCAAGUGGACUCUAGAGGAGGGACUUGAAGAACCAUGUCUGGCAAGAAGCCAAGAAAAGUGAGAAUGGGGUCAUCACGACAACGCCGUCGGAAUCAAGAUGAAGAUGAGACUAAUAAAGAUGAUGAUGGGUCCGAAAUGUCGUCAAAGGAAAGGAAAGUAGUUGAAGUUGGUGUUGAUUCAGUUUCAGUGAUACUCCAAACGGACCUUGUCUCAUCAGAUAACUUAUCAUCAAUAACAGAACAAUACACGGAAGGAAAUAAUCCGCCAUUAAAUGACCUCACAGAGUCACAGCUGGCGCAACCUGGAAACCCAUAUCUGCUCAAAUCACCUGACACUGCAGGGAAGAGAAGGAAAAUGGGGUCUACUCGUAGGAAUAAAGGUAAACAAGAAGAGACAGACUUUGGGGAGAAAGAAGACGCCAAAACUGGAGACACAGAAAAAUCCCUAGAACUUCAGGCAUCCAUUGCAGUUGUGGAAUCUGGGUCUCACAGCAACACAGAAGAGCUCCUGGGUACAAAAGAAAGUGAAAUGGACACUGAGUGCAGAAGUCAAAGUGAGAUUAUUUUGAUUGCUUCUAGCACACUCGACCAACCGGAUGACCGAUGUAAAGAGGAAGUUGGUGAGGAUACUGAAACUAGUAGGGAAGCUGUGGUUAGUUACAGCAGUGAAUUGCUUCAAGAUACUCUUGGAAUCGAUUCACUCUCGCAUUUGCCCCUAGACCUUUCAUUGCAAGUUGUUCAAGGAUUCGCUGCUGAACCCAUAACAGAGGAGUUGAAGAAAGAGGAAGAGAGGAGGCAGGAAAGUGAGCAUGCCGAGGCGGAGUCCUCCACAUUUCACAGCUCUAGGCAUACAUUAGCUCAAUCCCUUGAGUCAGACACUUUAACCAACACAGAAGAUUUUGAGUCAUUCAAUGACACAAUAAUCCUCCAAAGUGGAGAAGGUGAAGAGAAACUUGAACCUGCUGUAAAUGAGUCAGAAUUGCAAGAUGAUAUUAAAUCUACUGGUCCAGGCAAUCAGGAAACAUUGCACCAAAGAGAUGAAGUUGAGGACUUUAUUGAUCUGAUAGUUGAGGAAAAUAUAGUACUGGCAUACAGACCUCAUUUUAGACAACCAGACCAUGUAGAAAGCUAUCAACCUGAGCAAAGAGAGGAUAUUACCUGCUUUUAUCAAUCAACCCCCUCAGGCAGCUCUUUGGGUCAUGACAAAAGUGCUCAAUCAGAAUCCAGGAGAAGAAAGAUGGGUUCAAUUCGCAGGAAUCCUAGAGGUAGACGUGAGGAGGAAGAACAUGGAGAGAGUAAGAUGCAUAGAUAUCGUUAUCUUUCUGAUGAGGAAGAAGAGGUCUCAAUGGGAAAAGAGGAAAUGUUUGGCAUCGAAGAAACUGAGUUGGAAAUGUCUAUGGAGCCUAAAGGUAGCGCCAGUAGAGAUGAGAAAGAAGGAGAGCAGAUGGAAAAGGAGAAUUUCCAAAUGGAGGAAGACAUAGAAAACAUAGAAGAGACAGGAAAGAGGUUAGAUUGGGACAUGGGAACAGUGGAAGGAUCUGGUGUUGAAACAUUGGAAGAGUCACUGAUGUUAUUGGAACCGGAACAUAGAGCCGAUGAGGAGAAGAAAGGAAUGGAUGAAGAAAGUCUGAUUGAACCCACCCCUUUUGACCAAGACAUCGAUUCAUUUGGUAUUGCAGAUCAAUUACAUAACCAAGAGAAAUGCAACAGAGUCAGUGCAGAAACUUUCAAUACAGAAACUGAGAUCAACAAUGAAGCAAGCAUGGACCACAUAGUUGACCCAAUAGAGGUCUUCAGUGUUGGACUGGACCAAUCAGAAGACACUUUACUCAUUGAGGAAGAAGUUAGUGAUUAUACACUGCUUGUGAAUGAUUCUGAAGUGAACGAGAACAGCCAAAUAACAUGUGAUCGUGCUCUUAAAAUAGAGUCAGAUGACACUUUGAGCACUGAUCCCAAAAUCUCUCCUAGUCAUCUCAUCCAAACUCCAUGUAUGGAAAUCACUAACCCCUUUCUCACCCCACUAUUACUGCAGAGUAUUCAGGGGAAUGAGGAGGGUACAAACACUGACUCCAAUACCACAGGCGGACUGGACACAUCAGAGGUCAUUUUACUCAGCGAGGAGGAAGUUAGUGAUCGUGUGCUGCUUGUAAAUGAAGUGAGUGUCAGUAGCCAAAUGACGUAUGAUGAUAGAACUCUCACAACAGAGACCUGCCAAACAGAUGAGGCUUUGAGCGCUGAUCCCAAUAUCUCUGGUAGUCAAUGCAACCAAACUCCAUACUCGGAUGAAAGCCAUAACUCCUUUCUCAAUCCACUCUUACUGCAGAGUGUUCAAGACCAAGGUGUUAAUGCAGCAAACACAGACUCCAAUCAGAGUCCUUCUCCAAACAGGAGGAGAAAGAUGGGGUCGACUCGUAGGCAUCCUCGAGGUGCACAAAGAGAAGAGGAGGGCACAGAGGAGAAACAAGAAGGUGAAAUAGAAAGCACAGAGGCGAUAGAAGACAAGGGAGAAAACAUGGAAGUAGUGGAAGGUUCUUGCAUAGAGUUUGAAAUGUUGAUGGAAUCUAAGGAUGGAGCUGGUAAUGAGAAGAAUGAAGGAGAAGAGAAAAAUGAGGAGAGUGUCCUGACUGACCUCAGCUGUACAUUCAGUACUUCAAAUCAAGAGGGAAGAAACAUAGAGGCUGACAAUAUAGAAAGUGAGAGCCAAUCAAUUAUAAAGGAAUCAAUGGCAACAAAACUCAUGCUUCUACGUGAAGCAGAGUUGACUGAGAUUAGUCAAACUCUUCACAACCCUUACCCUGAUGUUCCUACUGUAGAGUCAUAUGACUCCUACCUGACCGAUGACACACUGAACUCAAAUCCUGCCAUCACUGGUUUGCAACACAAAGAAACAGCAUUGGAGGAAACACUCGAUGAAUCAAGAGAAAACACUGACUCCCCUCCAGAUCCACCCUCACUGCAGAGUUCUCUUGGUCCAGAGGAAACAGCAGAGGUAGAAUCCUACACCCCAAGGAGGAAAAGGAAGAUCGGUUCCACUCGCAGCAAGACUCAUCAAGGUAGAAAAGGAGAGGAGAGAAGAGAGGAGGGACAGGAGGAGGAGAAAGGAGAAGACACAGAGGUUAUAGGAGAGGUGGGAGAUGUCAUGAUAGCAGUAGAAAUGGAGUCCAGCAUAGAAAAGACUGAGCUUGUACAGCUUGAGGAACUUCUAGAAAAAGUGACAGAGGAGCAGGUGUUGGGAGACCCAGAGACCGUAGUAGUGGAGGGAGAGGUCAACGUUGUAGUAGAAGGAGAAUCUGGCAUAGAAAAGUCUGAGCUUGUAGAACAUACAGAAAAAAUCAGAGAGGCGGAGGAGAUAGAAGUAGAAGUGAAAAUAGUUGCAGAGAGCGAGAGCAGCCAAACUCCCUCUUACACAGCAGCUCUUACAGUAGAGGCCCAAGAGUCAGGUGAAAUGGUUUGUACAGAGCCUCAUAUAACAUCACAAUACAUGGAAGACAAUAAUCCCUCAUUAAAUGACCUCACAAAGUCAAAGCUGUCUCAAACUGGAAACCCAUAUCUGCUAAGAUCACCUGACACUGCAGGGACGAGAAGGAAAAUGGGGUCUACUCGUAGAAAUAAAGGUAAACGAGAAGAGACAGACUUUGGGGAGAAAGAAGACGCCAAAACUGGAGACACAGAAAAAUCCCUAGAACUUCAGGCAUCCAUUGCAGUUGUGGAAUCUGGGUCUCACAGCAACACAGAAGAGCUCCUGGGUCCAAAAGAAAGUGAAAUGGACACUGAGUGCAGAAGUCAAAGUGAGAUUAUUUUGAUUGCUUCUAGCACACUCGACCAACCGGAUGACCGAUGUAAAGAGGAAGUUGGUGAGGAUACUGAAACUAGUAGUGAAGCUGUAGUUAGUUACAGCAGUGAAUUGCUUCAAGAUACUCUUGGAAUAGAAUCACUCUCGCAUCUGCCCCUAGACCUUUCAUUGCAAGUUGUUCAAGGAUUUGCUGAUGAACCCAUAACAGAGGAGUUGGAGAAAGAGGAAGAGAGGAGGCAGGAAAGUGAGCAUGCCGAGGCGGAGUCCUCCACGUUUCACAGCUCUAGGCAUACAUUAGAUCAAUCCCUUGAGUCAGAUGCUUUAAACAACACAGAAGAUUUUGAGUCAUUCAAUAACACAAUAAUCCUCCAAAGUGGAGAAGGUGAAGAGAAACUUGAACCUGCUGUAAAUGAGUCAGAGUUGCAAGAUGAUAUUAACUCUACUGGUCCAGGCAAUCAGGAAACAUUGCACCAAAGAGAUGAAGCUGAGGACUUUAUUGAUCUGAUAGUUGAGGAAAAUGUAGUACUGGCAUAUAGACCUCAUUUUAGACAACCAGACCAUGUAGAAAGCUAUCAACCUGAGCAAAGAGAGGAUAUUACCAGCUUUUUACAAUCAAACCCCCUCAGGCAGCUCUUUGGGUCAUGACAAAAGUGCUCAAUCAGAAUCCAGGAGAAGAAAGAUGGGUUCAACUCGCAGGAAUCCUAGAGGUAGACAUGAGGAGGAAGAACAUGGAGAGAGUAAGAUGCAUAGAUAUCGUUAUCUUUAUGAUGAGGGAGAAGAGGUCACAGUGGGAAAAGAGGAAAUGUUUGGCAUCGAAGAAACUGAGUUGGUAAUGUCUAUGGAGCCUAAAGGUAGCACCAGUGGAGA